AGAAUGGCUAGAACUUGGUGACCUACGUGUGGAACUUGGACCCCUGCUCGGCUUCAUUUCAGAUCCGGCGGCAUCUGACUCUCUUCUGAUUGACACUCAGCUCCUCUCAAAGUCAUCACUUUAUUCAUUUUAAUCACUGUUCGCACCCCUGCCCAAACACGCAGAGGUGUGUUUAGAGAGAGAGAGAGAUAGGGAUGGAUGCUCUGAGGAAGCAAGCCAGCAAGCUAAAAGAACAAGUUGCCAAACAGCAACAGGCGGUAAUAAAGCAAUUCAGUACGAGUGGCUAUGAAAGCUCAGAUGUGAUGGUUAUUGAUGAGGUUGAGAUGCAAGUGCACCAACAGUUGGAAAAACUGUAUCGAUCUACCCGUACUGGAAGGGAAUUCCAGAAAGACAUUGUCAAGGCAGCUGAAAUAUUUACAGCCAUUGGUUAUAAGCAUAUAGAAGCAGGAACCAAGCUGUCUGAAGAUUGCUGCAAGUACAGCAUUGAAAAUGUCAACGAUGAAGUUCUAUCUAAAGCUGCAUCUAUCUACGGUGAUGCUCGUAAUCAUGUGGAGAAGGAGGUUGAAGACCUGAAUAGAUUAUUGUUUAAUCAGGUUCUAGAACCUUUGAGAGCAAUGAUAAAUGGAACUCCUCUAGAAGAUGCUCGUCAUCUUGCUCAACGUUACAGUCGCAUGAGGCAAGAAGCAGAGGCUCAGGCAGCGGAAGUUUCUAGAAGACAUGCACGGGUAAGAGAAGCUCCAAUUCCAGAACAUGUGACAAAACUGCAUGCAGCAGAAUCUAAGAUGCAGGAACUGAGGGCAAAUAUGGCAGUACUAGGCAAAGAAGCAGCGGUGGCAUUGUCUGCUGUUGAAUCACAGCAGCAGAGGCUUACGUUUCAGAGGCUUUUAGCUAUGGUUGAAGGAGAGAGGCAAUACCAUGAAAGGGUUGCUGUUAUUCUAGGCAAUAUUGAAGCUGAGAUGGUCUCAGAGAAACAAAGGAAAGAGGGUAAUCCUCCUGUUGUAGCACGUCCCAUAAACCCAAUAGUUCACUUUUCAGAGAAAACAAAAUACUUUUUGGCUGAGGCAAUUCAUACUUUUGAAGGUGAAUCGGAGAAGGAAUUGAGCUUGUCAAAGGGAGAUUAUGUUGUAGUUCGGAAGGUGACAUCAUCAGGAUGGUCAGAAGGAGAGUGUCAAGGUAGGGCAGGUUGGUUUCCCUCUGGAUAUGUAGAGAAACGCCAGAGAGUGCCUACCAACUAUACAGCAGCUGAAGUCUACUGAGAGAUAUGAAUGAGAGAAUUCAUUCACUUUGUGGCCUACUCCGUAUAAAAGUUGUACCCUCCGAAUGAUUUGAAGUUACAUUCAUUAAUAUAACACCUUUUCCUUGCAUGUGUUUUGAUUUUAUGCUUUUGUUUUAAUAAUGAUAAGAGUAAUGAGCAAGAUAUAGUCAUAAAACGUCCUCUGGGCUCUAGCGAAUGUAAAUUUAGGGCUACGACUGAUUUUUUGAACGAGCAGUAAAAAUUAGUUGUGGAUCCGGGUAGACACGGUCCCAGAAAGGCAGA